UCCAAUUCCCCUCAAAUCACACCAACAGACUCACAGAAUAAAGAAGAUUUACCCGUGUGAUCAAUGUGGGAAGAGCUUUCCGACACCAAGCAAACUAAUGACGCACCAGAAAACUCACACAGGAGAGAGGCCUUACCACUGCUCCCAAUGUGGGACUAGCGUCAGUAAUUUAGCACAUCUAAAGCGACACCAGAGGAUAAUACACCUGGGAGAGAAGCCUUACCACUGCUCUCAGUGUGAUAAGCGCUUCAGUCAGGCAGGUCACCUAAAGACACACCAGCGAACUCACACAGGAGAGAAGCCUUACCACUGCUCUCAGUGUGGGAAGAGCUUUGGUCGGGCAGGAUCUCUGAAGACACACCAGAUUACUCACACAGAAGAGAAGCCUUAUCACUGCUCUCAAUGUGGGGAUAACUUCACCAGUUUAUAUUUCCUAAAGAAACACCAGAUAACUCACACAGGAGAGCAGCCGUACCACUGCUCUCAGUGUGGAAAGAGCUUCAGUCAGGCAGGAGACCUGAAGCAACACCAGCGAACUCACACAGGAGAGAAGCCAUACCACUGCACUCAGUGUGGGAAGCGGUUUGGUUGGGCACGAGCUCUAAAGACACACCAGCUAACUCACACAGAGGAGAAGCCUUAUCACUGCUCUCAGUGUGGGAGGAGCUUCAGUCAGACGGCACACCUGAAGAAACACCAGCUAACUCACACAGGAGAGCAGCCGUACCACUGCUCUCAGUGUGGAAAGAGCUUCAGUCAGGCAGGAGACCUGAAGCAACACCAGCGAACUCACACAGGAGAGAAGCCAUACCACUGCACUCAGUGUGGGAAGGGUUUCAGUCGGCCAGCACACCUAACGAGACACCAGCGAACUCACACCGGAGAGAAGCCUUACCACUGCUCUCAAUGUGGGAAGAGCUGCAGUCAGACAGCAGACCUAAAGAGGCACCAGCUAACGCACAUCGGAGAGAAGCCUUACCACUGCUCUCGGUGUGGGAAGAGUUUCAGGCAUUUAACAACUCUGAAGAUGCACCAGAUGAGAAGCUUUUCCACUGCUGUUAGUGUGGGAAGAGUUUUAAAUGCAUAAAAUAUCAGAAGAUGUUGCCCAACACUGACCUUUAUAAUGGUGUUGCCACGCUGGGCAUCUAACCAAUAUUGACUGAGUUGUUUUUUUUCUUAUUUUCUUCUCCAACCUCAUGUACAUUGUCAUAUAAAAAAAUGUACCAAAGCUUAUGAAAUAUGACAUGAGGGUCACAUUUUAAAUUAAAGUGUCUAUUCCUCCAGAAAUCUAUUCAGUUUCUA